CUCCACACCGUGCCAUUCGUGCCGAGAAAUGGAAGCCGACGAGUCCGUACUCGUCCGUACGAGCUCUAGUUCGAACAGUUUGUUGUCUUUGUCGUUGUACGAAAAGGUGGUCGCGGGUUUUCGCGAGGUGACAGUUGGGCCAGAUCAAUUGUUUCUUUAAUUUGUUAUGACAAGAAGCGCGUCAGGAAGAGCCGGUCGCCGACCAACCGCGAUUCCGGAGAGCAGAGUCUAGUCUCGAGCGCAGACCGUGUUGUGCCGUGUGUUUUGGUUCAGUUUUUAUUGUAUUACAUGCCCCCGGGCCUUGUAAGUCUUGUAACGGGUUUACGAAGGACCAAGAGAGCUUGAGGAAAAAGCUGUCGUGCUGACGUCGUUCCUGGGAAAUACAGAAUCUGCUGGAAAAAUGUGGUGUCUCGUCAGCCAGGCGAACUCGGUGAUCCUAGAGGUCCAGGUCGACCCCAGGGCAAUCGGUCAGGAGUGUCUCGAAAAGGCGUGCGAGUGUCUUGGAAUCAGCAAAGAGUGUGACUACUUUGGAUUGAAAUAUCAAAACGCCAAAGGAGAGGAGCUCUGGCUGAACCUGAGAAACCCCAUUGAGAGGCAAACUGGUGGUGGUGUUGCACCUCUCAGGUUCGCUCUUAGAGUCAAGUUUUGGGUUCCGCCUCACCUGUUGCUGCAAGAAGCUACCAGGCAUCAAUUUUACCUACAUUCCCGUUUGGAACUAGUGGAGGGCAGAUUGAAGGUUUCCGAUUGGGUAUCCGUAGCCCGUUUGGUAGCUCUAAUUGCUCAAGCCGAUGGUGGUGAUUGCGAUACCUUGCAACCACCUCAUGCACUUUAUUCUCAGUGCUGCCACAUACAACCGGCUGAGCCAUACGAGCCAAAACCUCACGACUUUUUACAUCGAAUAGUUCAACAGCAUAAGGAGAUCAAGGGCAUGAAAACAUCGACUGCUGAAUAUUGGUUGCUGAAAGAAGUUUCUAAUUUGGAUACAUUUGGUCAAGAAAUGUUUCACAGUAAAUUCGGACAUAAUGGAAUUUCUAUGAUCGGUGUUGGACCUCACGGAAUUACAGUUUAUCGCAGUCAGGAAGAAGAGACCCAAAACAUACCCUACACGGCUAUACAAAGCGCUACUUCUCAGAGACGGAUGUUUCAUCUAGUCUAUCUUUCUCUCGACGGCGGAGAAACUUCAUUGGAUUUUAAGCUCGAUUCGAGUCAAUCCGCGAGUGGAUUGUACAGAGCAAUUACAGAAAAACACGCAUUUUACAGCUGUGAGACCGUCAGAAGUGCCGUUACUGCACAAUUUAUUAGAGACUUAAAGGGAACCAUCAUUUCAAUAUUUAACGAGGAUUCGACCCUGGGUAAGAAAUACGUGUUCGACAUUCGCAGAACCUGCAGGGAAGUCUACGACAAUGCACGUCGCGCGCUUUACUGCGAAACUGCAAACAUAGCUUUACCAGAUGAAAAUGAAAUUCUGGAGAGAAAUGAUUGCAAGGACUGCGAAAAUCCAAAAUGCAAGGAAUCGCGCGAGUGUCUGGCGAGGCUUUUAGAUGCGAUGCUUUGUCGCAUUUGCAUGGACCGCAGUUUAGACACGGCAUUAUUUCCUUGCGGACACGCAGUGGCCUGUUUGGAUUGCGCGAGGCGCUGCGAACGAUGCCCUCUUUGCCGAGCCGACAUCGACCACUGCCGGACAAUUUAUCUUCCCCUGGAGUUGACAAACGUCGACAAACACAGUUCAAAAUUUCCAUCAGAAAGCAGCGAAACACCAUUCGUUCCAAAACCCUUGACGGAAGUCAUCGACGGGAGGAUCCUCACCAACGAGAUCAGCGUCAACAACACGAUUAUUUGAGAGCGCCAGACCGGGCGAAAAUUCAGCGCCGUCGAGAGAAUUGUCAGGAUUUUUACGUGCCGAAUCGAAAAGGUUUAUUAGGAAGAAUUUCAGUUUUAACGUUCAAUUUUAUUUGGUAAUUAUUCUUAAUUUUUCGAUUCAACAUUACUUAACGUCUUUAAAAUCGGCGACUUUGAAACGCAGUGUAAAUAAGAUUAAGUUAUUAAGUCCAGUUAAAAAAAAAAAACUCAAAUUGGUUCGCUUUUCUUCUAGUGAUACGAAGGAAAAGAUUUAAUCUUUCUGAAAUUGUUUUAGAUUAAAAUUAAAAUUAUUCUGGACAUUUUUAUGUUAUUCAAUACAAAAAGGGGCAAUUCACGACUCGUCCUCAAACAGUCUGACCCUUGUGUGCGUCCGUGGUGACGAUCACAUUAACCACGAACGAUAAAUUAUAUUUUUGAACUUCCUAAUCCGAAAUAUGCACAGAAAAUAAAUAAAUUACUUACUCCUUAUUU